AUGGACCUGCACUAUAACCGGCACCACAGGGCAUACAUCACCAACCUGAACGCAGCGCUCGGUGCACAAGCAGAGGCAGCGGCGGCUAAUAACCUCGUGAAGCAACUCGAGCUCCAAGCGGCCAUCAACUUCAACGCCGGCGGACACAUCAACCACACGCUCUUCUGGGAAUCACUCGCGCCCGCGUCGAGCGGCCUCAACAACCUCUCCGCGACUGCCGUGGCCCCCACGCUCAGCGACGCCAUCACCAAGAGAUGGGGCAGCGUCGACGCCUUCAAGGCGGCCUUUGAGUCCUCCGCGCUCGCGAUCCAGGGCUCCGGGUGGCAGUGGCUGGUGCAGGAUCCGCAGACAAAGACCCUCGAGUUGACCACGAGCAAGGACCAGGAUUUACCAAAAGGUGGCAAGGGAAUCGUGCUGGGCGUCGACAUGUGGGAGCACGCGUAUUACCUGCAAUACUUCAACAACAAGAAAGAAUACCUCAACAAGAUCUGGGACGUCGUCAAUUGGCAGGUCGCGGAGAAGAGGUUCAAGGGCGACCCGAGAGCGGCGUUUGGAGCGUUGGCUGGGUUGGCGGGACAUUUGUAG